GCGAAUCUAUGGAAGGUCGGGUACGUUCAGCACGCCGGGCUGACACCCGCCCCUUUAGCCAAAUCCUGUCCGAUGGUACGCAGGAGGAUCAUGACCGCACUUCCAGUGUUGCGAGUCCACCACGUACCUCCAGGAAAGGCAGAAAGGGUGCUGGGUCAGGCCGUGCACGUGCCUACGCCGAAAUCCCAGAAUACGACAACCUCCCGAAGCCCAAGCAGGCUAUGAACCAGCAACAUCGUGACCGCAUGGCCAGGAAGCGUCAACUGCGUGACCGUAGCCAGGCGAGUCGAAGCCCUUCACAGGGACAGCCAAGAGCAGCCAUCGCCUACGCAGUCAACGCAGUGAACCUUCCUCAGCAGCAGUACCCGUCUGACAGCGGUGAAGAGACCCGAACAUGCUGGUCCUUCAUGGUCAGACUGUGUCGCUGCUGUGCUAAACGGCUUUUUAGGAGAGGCAGCACAAGAAGGGCAGAAGAGGACAGGCUGAGGGAGCUCAGACUUCUGGAGGAGGAGAGGAAAGUGAUGGAGCUGCAGAGGCAGUUUCAGGAGAUCAGGCAAAGAAUGGACAGGAGGCUGGAGAAGGCUGCAACCAAGUUUGAGAUGAAAGAGAGAAAGAGAGCGGAAGAGAAGAAAGAACAGCAACUGCUGCGAGAGGAAGUGCAGGACAAAUAUGACAACGAGGCGGCAGCAGCAGGUCAGCUGAGCCGGGGGCUGACGCGGCAAGAAAUGAAGAAGGAGUUGAAGAGGCUCCAAAAGCUGGAGAGGAAUCUUUCUGUUCGGCUGGACAGACUGGAACAGAGGCAGAACAUGUCUGAACCAGCACCAUGGACCAGCAGCACUGGUGAUGAAGUAGUCGAGGUAAUGGAGACACCGCCACACCUCCUACGCUCUAGUAAACAAAAGCAGAUGACAACACCAAGAGAGAUUGAGAGAUCGGCAGCGAUGGCGAGGAAGAGAGAGAGCACGUCUGCACCAUGGACCAGCAGCGCCAGCAGACCAGUGAAGGGUGAGAACAACAGUGUGGAGCUGGGACAAUGGGAACUGGACAGGCUGCGUCAGCAUCAGCUGGAGUUGCAAUGUCAGGAGAUGGAACACAGGCUUGCUGUGGAGAAAGCUGUGCAGCUCAACAGGCACAAGGAAGACAUGAGGGAGAUGGAACGUCAGUGGAAGCUGCAGGAUGGUGCAAAGAAGAAGAAAGGAAGUGAACAACAACUAGAAAGGCAAAGAAAAAUGGCAAAGAGAGCGGAGGAAGAAUUGGUAAGCCUGAUAGAACAGCUACAGAACUCUAACGUGAAGCAGCAGAAAUCUGACAUGAAGACGAAAGAGUACAUGCAAAUAACAGCUAGACAACAAAAGCUUUGCAGCCAGAAUAUUCCGAGAGAAGCAGAGGCGUGGAAAGUCGAACCCCCUGACAUGGUACAGCCAGAGCCACAGAGAAAAGCCAACGGAGAGAGCACUACUAAACAGCAAUUGGAGAACACAGUGCUGAGCGCUGAAAAUAAGCAUCCGAUGGAAAUGCAAAUAUGGCUUAAAAUGCAACAACAGCUGCAGGCCAUGAAGCACAAAUUUAAGAUGGAGGGAAAUAUGGACGCUGAGAGAUAUGAACAAAGAUGGAAGAGAAUGGAGGGAGAACAGCAACGGGAAUGGGAGAAAAUGGUGCUUGAGCUCCACAGAAUGCUGACAGAAGAAAAGCAACAGCAAGUGGUGUGGAAGCCGCACAAGGAACAGAAGAACAUCGCAAAAGAGGCUCCCACUCGAGUGGAUAUACAGACCAUGCCUGAGAAGAAAGAAAUAGCCAUCGCGAAAGAGAUAGGCGAGGAAAGAAAGCUGGAGAAAGUGGAGAACAUCAGAACAGAGGCUUUCACACAAUUGGAAAUUCCAUCCAAGCCUGAGAAGAAAGAAACAAUGAUGAUGGAAGAGACCAACGAGAAAGAUAUAAUUUAUGAAGGUGAACAAGCAGAAGAAACAUCUGAGGAGAAGCCAGUGAUGGAAAAAGUAGAACCAACCCAAGGAAAUCAAAUAACAACUUUCACAGAAAGUGAAGAAAGCCUAAAACAUGCUCAAUUCGCACCUGAAGACACACCUCCUGAAAUCGAGAGCAAGGUGUCAGUAAAGACAGGUGUUGAAGAGAACAGAGGCUAUGGAGGGAUUGAACAACCAAAACAGACAAUGUGCCAGAAAACGUGUGGGAUGGAAUGGCUGACAGAGUACAGACAAAAAAGAGAACAGGAGAGAAAUGGCUUGCAAUCAGAGAAGACAGAAACAAACAACACAAUUAUGGUAAGACCAACAACAAGGAAUAUGGCAAGACAGGCUGAUGCUGACAGAGGAAGUAAGCCAGACGCCAAACAGGUCAAGAGCAAGGGUAUGGAUUGGCUGUGUGAAAUAAAGCCAGAGAAAGAUCUCCUUCAUACAGGAUGCCAAGCGAGGCCUGUGGUGGCAGGAAGAAGGCAAAGGGCAUGUGAACCAGCAGCAGAAAAGGCACAGCUUGAACCUGUUGUUCACAAGGACCUGGAUGAUAUGGACUGGUUUGGAGAUAUGGCCGUCAAGAACAGAGAAAACAAACGAGCUGAGACCAACAGGAGACACCAGCAGAGCAGGCAGAAGAGCAUGCUAAUGUUGCAGGGUUUCACUAACCAACCAGAAAAGAAGAAAGAUGAAAACAACAAAGGCAUGAAUGUAAGAUCUAGACAUGCAACAACAACACACGCAGAUGCUGCUGAUGAAGGAUGGCUUUUAGAUGAGAAAACACCACGAGACACCAAACAGUCAAUAUUUAGCCAGAGAAGCCAUCAGAAGAUGGACUGGCUGUGUGAAUCCAAGACACAACAACUUAUGGAAUCACACAGUGUUACCGCCGCCACUGUGGUAGCAAGAAGGCGAAUGACCCAAGAAUCAGCCAUUGAGAAUACAGACACACCUAAGCACAAGGAGCUGAGCGAUGACUGGCUUGGUAAUAUCAACAAAGAUGACAAACAGGCCAACAUUAACAUGAGGCAUCAGCAGAACAGAGAGCCGAGCAGACGCGAGCUACAGAAGAAACAGAUUGAUCUGGCAGAGCAAACAGCAAAAGACAACAUCAUGGUAGUAGCACCAAACGUGAGAAAUCCUGUUGAUAAAAAAAUAGACGCUGAGGUCAAUAAGCAAGAGAUGGAAUGGCCAAACACAAGCAAGGAAUGGUGGAGUGAGUUGAAACGUAACAAUCAGAGGAAGCUGAUGGGAAAUCAGCGAAAGCAAGAGACUUUUGGGGUUCAUGUCAGUAAGCCAAAGGAGCAGGCCAGAGAACUGGAAGGACAAAGAAUAACAUCAAGAGGAUUACUUGACAAUAUGAGCUGUACCCAAUCAAAGAAAACUGAAGACACAGUUGUUGAGGAGAAGACAAAGGUGUCAGAAAAGGCAGCAGCUAUGACACGGCUAGACAACAGCAAGCAGAGUCAAAUCACUGGAGCACGUCAGACAACAGACCGCUGGUUUGGCGAAUGGAUGAAGACCAAAAAAAGUGCUAAAAAGCUUGACGAGGUGAGAAAGGAGAAGGAUCGCACAGUGUUGAGUGAGACGAGGUGCCCUCCCAGCAGAGAGGAAAACAGGAAGAGAGGCAAUGUGGAGACUCUGGUCACCAAUGUCUUGAUGGUGACUGAGGUGCAAGACAGCCAAGUCACAGCAGAGAAGGCGCAAAGCAAUGGGAGAUCUGGGUUGUGGGACAACCUGAAGGGUGAACUGCUCAUACAACCAUGCGGAUCACGGACAGAGGCGAGCCAACAGCUUGACUUUGGGGACAUAGCACUGUCCACCACAAAAAGGAAGGUCGUCUCUCCACUGCAACAGACUACGACACAGCAGAGGGCAUCUAGCAUUGAUAUAAUUCAAAACAAAAAGUUUGAGCUGGAUGAUGAUGAUGGAUUAGAAUCUAUCACUUUGGAGGAAGAGAGAAAACCUCAGAUUUGGUUGACAAAGGCCAUUAACACAACAGCAAAACCACAGAGAACAACAAAUACUCUGGACUCAAACCAGAUAUCAAGAGUGUUGCUGAAUAACCCAACAGACAAACAGGCAAAGGAGAAGAGACAGGUGGAGCACGAUUCCCAUGAGAAGGAGCAGGAGAAAGACAGACAGAGAGAGGCUCACAAAGAUGAGGAACUAAGAAGCGUGAUGAAACAGGGGGAGACAAGGGAAGACAACACAGAGGACGAAAAAUCAGCCUACUGCAGCAAGAGUCCAUCUGUGGUCAUUCUCAGUUGUCCCUCAUUGGAUGCAGACAGUGAGAAGGGUAGUGUGGAGGAGAAGUGGCAGCAGAUUACCUCUGCUGUUAUAGCUGAAGAACGGGUACAGCCUGCGGAAGAGGAGAAACUCCUGCAUGAUGACACAGAGGACCACCUGGGGACGCUGGAGAAGAGUCCCUCUCUAGUCAACCUCUUGGCCUGCUCUUCAGAUGCCAGUGGUGGUGAAGAGGGAGAUGGCAGGUCUGAGACCGCCUCUUUGGCACCGUAUGAAACAGCAGAUGAUGUUGACAAGAGCGUGAGGAGGAGGGUCCUUAAGUGGCUGAACAACAAAGCAAAGGACUACUACAGCAAGAAGAUCGAAAAGACGUUCAAGAGAGAGCAGGAGGAAGGGCACGAGCUAUAUGCACCAUGGUUCAGUACAAACAUACUGAUGAGAUCAGAAAGGGAGCAGAAGAAGAGGAAGGGGCUGUUGAAGGCUGAGGAGAUGCGGCAGCGCCUGGAGAGUUCCCUCCUCAAGUGGGAGGCCAAACGGGCUCAGAAGAGGGCUCUAAGGAUGGAGGAAGCCUACAGCUUAGACAGGGAACCCGACGACUUGUGGUUCUGUGAGGACCUUCUGUAAAGCGGGAUUGUCAGGUG